AUGACCAUGGGCCUCGAACCGAUGCAUCCCAUGGACUGGAUCGAGAUUGACGAGCACUAUGAGGAGGAGAUGGCCCUGCGCCGCACGCUCAUGAAGGAGAAGAGGGACAUUGUCCUGGUCAGCUUACCGGGGGCUGAGGCUGCAAAUGCUGAGAUGCUGGAGCUCCUGGCAGACUUCCUGCCCAAGCGAUUCCCAGACCGUUUCACAAGGGAUGGCGAUGUGCUGAUCAAUCAUUCCACCGGCGAUGUCUGGAACCUUGCCGACCCAACGCUGGACCCCUUGGAAGCGUCAGCUCUGCUUGUGCAGGAGGACCUGUGCCUGAUGACCACGGACGACCAGGGAACGCUGCGAUUUGUAAGUGGCGCAGUGCUCUUUCCGCAGAGAUGGAGCCUUUUGGAGAAGAUCGGCAUGGACUUGAGGCGGAUCCAUGAGCCUGUACCAAUCUUCAAUGGCGAGAUCUUGAAGCCCGUUAGCAACUUCAUGAGCCGCAUCGCUCCCAACAAGCCCUUCUACCGGGCUAACUGGACGAUCUCCGACAACCCAGAGCUCUUCCAACCGCUUGUUGAGGAAAACAUCCUGGCAGCUAAUGCUGGGGAGAUCAUCAACAACAAACCCAUCACAAUCCAGAAUGCUGGGGAGCGGCUGCAGACCAGAUGUGAGCGCGAGACGCUGUCACGCUUCCCCAAGACGCGGGCCAUCCUGUUCACCAUCCGCACACACAUGCACAAGCUUGACACCUUCGAGGACAAACCCCACAAGGCAUGGGAGCUGGCCCGUGCUCUGCGCAACCUGCCUCACGAACUGGUCAAGUACAAGACAAUUGCUGCAUUCAAGGACCAGGCCCUGGCCUACCUCGACAAGAUCUCAAUGUCAACUAAGGUACAGGUCCCAGGGUGCAAACUCCAGUUCGAAGCUUUUUUUUCCAGCCCCUGUAGUGCCGCACCCCAAUAA